CCGAAAUCAGUACCUCCAUCGCAAUGAAAAUCGACGGACUGACCUUUCUCGGCCUUUCGCUCACUUGGUCGAUCGGUUGGGGCUUAAUCGUUCCGCAACAUCAUUGCGAUAAUUACUUCAGUUACAUGAAGGAAUCGGAUGGUCAAUACUUUGGUCUUUUCACCGCGCCCAGAGGAGGAAUCAACAAUGUGAAAUGGGUUGCGGUUUUUAAUGCUGACAAAACAGACCAGUCACACACGGUCGGUUCACUGGAGCUCUAUCCUUAUAAAGAUCAGGCUUUUCGCGAUUUACAAAAUGGCGAACGGACAAAGGUGUCUGUGCGUUUUCAAGACUUUGGGAACAAGCUGCCAAAGUUGCUACGACUGGAGUUUAAUGAAGAGCUGCUCUGUAGUAACCCGGAAUACGAUCCUCCGUCGAGCACAAUGACACGGCAACGGACCUACUCCACUUCGGGACCAAUAAAGACUCAAACGGUAUAUUCACCAGAACCUCGUCAUCCUCCACUUUCUUCUUCGACUCAGCCUCGCCCUCCUCCGACUCUGCCCCCUCCUCAAACUAACCUGAAGUCGAAUCCCUUCCUUCCAUCCCGCUGGCCACCCACUCCAGAGGUAAAACCCCGUAUCGAAGGUGAUUUCGAUGAAUGCGGACGUGAGGGCUUCGCUUUCAGCCAGAUUGGUGGUACGGAUGUGGUCCGCGGUCAGUACCCUUGGCUGGCAGCCCUUUAUGUGGGCACUACGAGAGCCACCUACAAGUGCGUGGUGUCGGUAAUUUCGAGGCGUACGGUAAUCACCGCAGCCCACUGCAUAUUUGAGAAGGAGACGAACGAGUUGUGGGUGUACCUGGGACGCCACGAUCGAGACAAAAAUCCGGAGGAUGGAGCCAAGUUAGUUGGUGUUUCAUCUGUGCACACACCUGAUGAGUACAAGGACAACCGCCUGCCUCAUACUGAUGUUGGUCUCCUUAUCCUAGCAGAGACCAUUGAGUAUACACGUUACAUUCGACCUUUGUGCCUGUGGACCUCGGAUAUGAACGUGCCAAGAAACGAAGGCGAUUCGGGAGUCGUGGCAGGCUGGGGAGUGGACAUGGACGCCGAAAAGACCCGUUUUCCAAAAAUGGUUACUGUCAGUCUGGUGACAAGGACAACGUGUCGCAACAAAAUGGCACUGGCUGAAGAUUUCAUCACCGAUCGAACGGUUUGUGCAGGAAAUUCACUGAGUCAUGGUCCUUGCUUCGGUGACUCAGGAGGCGCUCUGAUGGUCCUGCGAAAUAACCGGUGGGUUGUCCGAGGUAUAGUGUCUCUAUCGCCGCGAAAAGGGGAAAUCUGCGACCUCAGCAACUACGUUAUCUACUGCGAUGUAUCGAAGUAUCUUACCUGGAUUAGAAGAAACAUGGUAUCCUAAUGAUGUUACCCCCAAAAACUUGCCAUACAACUGUAAGCUAAGUUAAUAUAAAUAAUUAGUUUUGUGUGAAAAUUAAAGAAUAAAUAAACU